AUGAUACUGAUACCCUCCAUUCAACUGAGCACGGAAGUGAGAGGGCCAGGUCAUGUCGCCCUCGUACCAAUGAACUCUGUGCGGGACAGCUGUCAGAGUUCAAUGGAGAACCCUGUGGCGUUGGCGGUGAGAAGCGCUACUGGUAGCUUGAGCGCAACGCAGGUGGCCUCGCGCACACACGGGGCGCGAUGGUGCCAUUCAUUGGCACAGCAACCAGGUGGCCAAUGUGUAGCAGGCUUGCAGUUGUAUGCCAAAGUGGUUGCGCCCGCCUUCUCAUUUGGCACAGUCAAUGUGACGCUGUGCGUGUGGUGGUAUAUCGUGAAAGAGGGGGAUGGUUGGAGCACCGAGGCAGCUCUAGAUAGCCGCAUGCAGAGAGCAUUACUAGGCAAGACGUAG